UAUAAAGAAUCUCAUCAGCCGUUAGAAAUCCUCCAUGGACAUUGCCGGGAAGGUGGUGGAAAAUACGGAUGGAGUCUAUAUAGAGAUUACGGCCUGCAUUCCAUCACUAUAGGCUUCACUUACUAGCCUAUCUAUUGCCCCAUGGCGCUCUACCUCGUCACUCUUUGCUGCCUCUUCGCGUCGCUGGGCUCGUUUCUCUUCGGUUAUGAUGCCGGUGUGAUCUCUUCGACUCUUGAUCAACAAGAUUUCCUGACUCGCUUUAAUCACCCCUCGGACGCCGCAACAGGUGGUAUAGUCGCUUCCUAUAAUGGAGGUGCGAUUCUAGGUUCCGUUCUGGUCUCAUACAUCUCCGAUCCGUUUGGACGGCGUGCCGUCAUCUUAUUCGGAGGUCUUCUAGCGGGCUUAGGUGCUGCGCUGCAAGCUGGCGCUGUCACUGUGGCUAUGCUCAUUGCAGGCCGGUUGAUUGCGGGUCUGGCUGUGGGCUUGAUGUCGUCCAUAAUCCCAGUUUACUGUAGUGAGGUUUCCCCUCCCCAGAUACGCGGCUUCUUAGGCUCCAUACAACAAUGGAUGAUCGGACUAGGUUUUGUUGUCGCUCAAUGGACCGGAUAUGGCUGCUCCCUUCACACUGGCGAUUUUAGCUGGCGAUUUCCGUUGGCUAUCCAGGCCGUACCCGCCGUGAUCCUCUGCUGUGGCAUCUGGUUCCUCCCCGAGUCUCCUCGCUGGCUGAUUGAGAAGGGUCGCGCCGAAGCAGGUCGAGAGGUGCUCGCUCGCUUGCACCUGAACCGGGACAAGACUAAUGUCGACGUCGUUGACACCGAGAUCGCCCAGAUUAACGAUAGCAUCGCCGAGGAAAACCGUUCUGCUGUACACUCCUGGCGUGAGCUAUUGUCUCGCGCUCGCUGGCGCCAUCGUCUGCUCCUUGCUUGCGGCAUUCAAGCGUUCACCCAAUGCUCGGGUACCAAUAUUAUAUCAAACUACAACCCGGGCCUAUAUAGGUCGUUAGGUCUUAAGGGCACGACUCCGCUCAUGCUGCAGGGGAUAUGGGGCGCGCUGGCCCAGUUCUGGAACACAGUGUUUAUGCUCUUCAUUGACCGUGUCGGCCGUCGUAAGCUUCUCAUCCCUUCCCUGCUCGGCAUGGGCGCCACCAUGUGCAUAGAAGCAGCCCUAGCCCAGGCCAACGGCGGCUUCCGCGACCCAUCGGCCGACCCGGACGCCGUCCGUGCUGCGAUCGCCAUGUUCUUCGUCUUUUCGAUUUUCUUCACCAGUCUCGGCCUUAUCUCCUGGAUAUAUCCGUCUGAGAUCUUCCCGACGGCUAUCCGAGCCCGGGGUUCAUCGCUGGCAACCGCUACAAAUUGGAGCUUGAACUUGGUCUUUGCGCAAUGCACACCGAUCGCGAGGUCUAGCAUGGGGUUCAAUUAUUUCUAUCUUUUUUUCGCUUUCAACUGGGUGGCUGCUGUCCUCACUUGGGCCUUUUAUCCCGAGACAGCUGGCAAGUCGCUCGAGGAGGUGGAGCAUGUCUUCUCGUCCGGCUCUCAGGAUAAUAUGAUGCUUCCCCUGUCGGGCCUUAAGCAUGGCGUAGUUGCUGUUUCGCAUGCUACUGACAGUGACUGGUCAAGAGAGAACCUGCAGCUUGACGGCCAUGCGAAAACAACAUAAGACGAUAAUAAAAAAUUAGCAUAAUAAAUUGUUGCUUAGAUUUUUCUUUUUUUUUUUCUCUUUUUUUAAAAAGAGAAGAAAUAAAAGAAAAAAAAAGAUUGCGAAAAGCGUAUAGUUGCUCGCUAUGUGAGAGUUGGGUAUAAAA